CUCAUCAACGCGAAAGGAAAAAGUCCACUGACCUCAGACACAACUAGUUCGACGGUCGUCAUGUUCCCAACAAAACUUCUAAUCUUCCUAAUCCUACCACUGUUCAACACUGGCGUCAAAGUCGAAAAGGGCCUCUUCGACUUCCUCUUCAGCCCUUGUAAAUGCAGGUGUGGGUUGCCCAACAGAGAGGCCCGUUUCAAAGGCGGUGAGUAUCUGAGAGGACACGAAUUUCCGUGGUUGAGUGCGAUUCAAGUUUUGGGCGAAGGAGACGAAGAAGGAUCCACGAUUCCGGGAACACUUAUCAAUAACAAAUACGUUGUUACCGCAGCCUCACAACUUGACGGAAUCACCCCUUAUCAAAUUAAAGUGACUUUGGGCCAGUUUGAUAAAUGCAACAACGACAUUUCCUCGACCAACGUCAGUGUGGACAAAAUAAUCAUGCACCCGGACUUCAGCAGCGAAAAUAAAGCCAACGAUAUUGCUCUAAUCAAAUUAAGCACUCCGGUUUUAAUCGAACGCAGAGUCUCGCCGAUUUGUUUAUCAGUUCCUGGUCACAGCUACUUGGGCCAAGUCGCCACAAUUGCAGGAUGGCCCAAAAGCGAGGAAGAAGGGGCGGAAGAGGGCCAAACGACCUGUCGGCCCAAAAAAAUUGGGCUGCCGGUUUUGAGCAGUCAAGAGUGUAUUGAGACGGCUGCUGACACCGAUUCCUACACCCGUGAUAAGGGUUGCGUUGGGGUUGUGGGCGCCCCGAGUGUUGUCUGCGAUGAUGACGGCGGAAAUGCCGUUAUGUAUCGCUCGCACCGAGGAAUUUACGAACUGAUUGGAAUUAUGACUGAUCAAAAUGCUUGCGAGGAUGAUAGCACCAAUACGGCCCUUUAUACCAGGGUUAAUGACCAUCUGGCCUGGAUUGUGCAAAAUACCAGAGAUGCCUGUUAUUGCAUUAAAACUUGAUUUUUGUGGAGUUUGAAUAUUUUAAUAAAGAGAUAAAUCCCA